UCAAGCUCGUAGUCAACACCAGGAAGCCGCCUUUACUCCCCCACGAAGCCGCCGAAUCUCGCGCCCACCUCAACCACCCUAAGCCUUCUUCGCGCAGUCUCUAGCACCCUGCCAUUACUCACUCUCCGCCAGCACACUCACCAAUAUGUUCAUAGCGCGAAGUGAAUAUGAUCGUGGUAUCAACACCUUCUCCCCCGAAGGCCGCCUCUUCCAAGUCGAAUACUCUCUAGAAGCCAUCAAGCUCGGUUCAACAGCAAUAGGCGUAGCUACGGGCGAUGGCGUAAUUCUGGGCGUCGAGAAGCGAGUAACAUCCACCCUGCUCGAAACCAGCUCUGUCGAGAAGAUCGUCGAGAUUGACCGACACAUUGGAUGCGCCAUGUCGGGUCUGCAGGCCGACGCCCGGAGUAUGAUCGAGCAUGCCCGAGUAGAGUCGCAAAACCACGCCUUCAACUACAACGAGCCGCUGCGGGUUGAGAGCUGUACCCAGGCGAUAUGUGAUCUGGCGCUGAGGUUUGGUGAGGGUGCGGAAGGAGAGGAGAGCAUAAUGUCAAGGCCGUUUGGUGUGGCGCUGUUGAUUGCAGGAUAUGAUGAAGACGGCCCAAGUCUCUACCACGCUGAGCCCUCUGGUACCUUCUACCGCUACGACGCCAAAGCCAUUGGCUCCGGCUCCGAAGGCGCUCAAGCCGAACUCCAGAACGAAUUCCACAAGUCUCUAACUCUCCCUGAGGCCGAAGUCCUCGUUCUCAAGACGCUCAAGCAGGUCAUGGAGGAGAAAUUGGAUAGCAAGAACGUGCAGUUAGCGAGCGUGACGAAGAACGAUGGUUUCAAGAUCUAUACCGACGAACAGAUGGAGCAGGUUGUAGGGAGACUACCUGCAAAUUAGAAGCUGCGUGGGUUAAGUGCAAGCCAACCGGUAUGGUAGAUGAGCGACAUGCGAAAUGAUGGGGUAUCAAGCCACUUUUGGCAUCCCAUAGCCCGAUGAUACAAAAUA